GCGGGCGCGGCCGGGAUGGCGAAGAGCAGCGGAGAGAAUGGGCCGCGCGCGCCCGCGACCGGAGGGAGCCUGUCGGGGACCCGAGAGAGCCUGGCUCAGGGCCCCGACGCCACAGCCGCCGACGAGCUCAGCUCUCUAGGCUCUGACUCGGAAGCCAACGGCUUCGCGGAGCGCCGCAUCGACAAGUUCGGCUUCAUCGUGGGCUCGCAGGACGCCGAGGGCGCGCUGGAGGAAGUCCCCCUGGAGGUGCUGAGGCAGAGGGAGUCCAAGUGGCUGGACAUGCUCAACAACUGGGACAAAUGGAUGGCCAAGAAGCACAAAAAGAUCCGUCUGCGGUGCCAGAAGGGCAUCCCACCUUCUCUACGGGGCCGUGCUUGGCAGUACCUGUCAGGAGGCAAGGUCAAGCUACAGCAGAACCCUGGAAAGUUUGACGAGCUGGACAUGUCCCCUGGGGACCCCAAGUGGCUGGAUGUGAUUGAGCGUGACCUGCACCGGCAGUUCCCUUUCCAUGAGAUGUUUGUGUCCCGGGGGGGCCAUGGUCAGCAGGACCUAUUCCGUGUGCUGAAGGCCUACACACUGUACCGACCUGAGGAGGGCUACUGCCAGGCCCAGGCACCCAUUGCUGCCGUUCUGCUCAUGCACAUGCCUGCUGAGCAAGCCUUCUGGUGCCUGGUACAGAUCUGUGAGAAGUACCUGCCCGGCUACUACAGUGAGAAACUGGAGGCAAUCCAGCUAGAUGGGGAGAUCCUGUUCUCGCUGCUGCAGAAGGUGUCACCUGUGGCCUACAAGCACCUCAACCAGCAGAAGAUCGACCCACUGCUCUACAUGACAGAGUGGUUCAUGUGCGCCUUCGCUCGCACCCUGCCCUGGAGCUCUGUGCUGCGCGUCUGGGAUAUGUUCUUCUGCGAAGGAGUCAAGAUCAUCUUCCGGGUGGGGCUGGUGCUGCUGAAGCAUGCAUUGGGCUCCCCUGAGAAGGUCAAAGCCUGCCAGGGCCAGUACGAGACCAUCGAGCGACUGCGGAGCCUCAGUCCCAAGAUCAUGCAGGAGGCCUUCCUGGUCCAGGAGGUGGUAGAGUUGCCUGUGACAGAGCGCCAGAUUGAGCGUGAGCACCUCAUCCAGCUGCGGCGCUGGCAGGAGACCCGGGGUGAGUUGCAAUGCCGUUCCCCACCCAGGCUGCACGGCGCCAAGGCCAUCCUGGAUGCAGAGCCUGGCCCCCGGCCCACCCUGCAACCUUCACCGUCCAUCCGCCUGCCUCCAGAUGCCCCCCUCCCUGGCUCCAAAGCCAAGCCCAAGCUGCCCAAGCAAGUCCAGAAAGAGCAGUGGAGGCGGACAAAGGCGAGUGGGCAACCAGACAAGCCUCCAGCCCCAAAUCAAGCUGUGGUGGUGGCUGCUGCAGGAGAUGCAUGUCCCCCACUGGAUGUGCCUCCGAAGGACCUGGCCCCCCAGGACUCAACCCCCCAGGACUCAGCUCCCCAGGACUCAGCCCACCACCACUCCCAGGAGAGCCUGACAUCCCAGGAGAGUGAGGACACCUACUUGUAACCUCAGGCUGCUGGGGUGCGGUCUUCACACACCUAUUUUGUUCACAGACUGACACUCCAGGGCCUGCCCACCCUCUGAGAGGCCACCUGCCUGGCCACUGGGCCAGGACAGAGUCUGGCUGGCCUGGCACAGAUUCUGCCUGAGCCUCCUUAUUUAUUUUUUCUAGAGUAGACCUCGGGCUGGCCCAGCCAGGGCAGGCAGAAGCUAGGGCCAAGUGGUCAGGGCCUCACUCAGCCCCCUUUUCCUGGGGGGGUGCUCUCCAGGGCUAGGACAGUGACAUGAGGGGACAGUGUGGGGUGUUCUUUGUGUAAAAUAGAAACAUGGUUUUGUACAGAAAUAAA